AUGCAAAAUGUUCACGGAGUCCCAACGCUUUGUCACUGCGGCUCUCCGACCAUUGUUCUCACAUCCAGAACACAGGACAACCCUGGCAGAAGAUUCUUUCGUUGCGGAACCACUUUCGGUCCAGGCCAUGUUUUCAAGUGGGUUGACGAAGCCACUUCAGAAGAGCUUGCCCGCAUUGCAGACAAACAAGCUACGCUCGAAGAAGACUUGAUUCAAGUUAAGGAAGAUCUUCUAGACAUCAAGAAAGAUAUCCAAGAGAUUGUUGCUAUUUUACAGGCUAUGAGGGCUUCUAAGGUCUAG